AUGGAAUCUUUAAACGAUGAUUUUAAAAAUUUUCGCCUUCCAUUGACGAUGCCGUUUCUCGAUGAUUCAAUUCUCGCCAAUUUGGAUAAGAUCAUUUCGAUUUUUCAAGGACAAGAUGACAACACAGUUCCCACAGAAGAAGAUGUCAAAAAAGUUUUAAAUGAUCUGAAUAUUGUGAAAAGUGAACUUGAAAGGAUUUUUUCGAAGUUGUCACCAAGAGUUAGUGAAUUUUCUUCUGCAAGUGAUUUUAAUGAUAAAAUAAUGAAGGAAGAAGUUUGUCAAAACAUUCAAAACUUCAGAACAAUGAAGAAUGAAGAUAGUAGCAAAAAUUUACUGGUUCCAAAGAAAACUAGCGAAAGUUCCAGUGAUAGUAAAAGCCAAAGAUCUUCGAUGUCACGAAAAUAUUCCACGACUUCUCUUAGAAAUUCCUUAACGGUCGCUCCAUGUUCGUUCAGCCGUCGACAAUCAAAUCAGAAUCUUAAGCAGCUUACACAAAAAACAAAUCGUCAUAAACAAGUUGGAAGAUCAUAUAAAAUUCCAAAUGUUAAAGAAGAGACAAAGGAUGAACAAAAUCCAAAGAAAUCUACGCCUAAAAUAAUCGACACACAUUAUGCAACAUGUCGGAUACAUAGCUAUGAAAACGAAUCUUACACUUUUGAGAUCAUAAAACCAGAACGAAAUAAUUGUUAUGGCGAUGUCAACGAGAAGUCAGACAUUGUUAUUGUUGUAUUGGCAAAUGGACAAGCGGGUGUUUUUUGUAGCAAACCCGUUAAAUCACUCGCUGGGGUUUUAUCGUUUUGCAAAACCUCUCACUUCUACUUCCCCACAUCUAAGCUUGAUUUUAUUCAUGAGAUUUUAAGAAUCAAUCAUGCAAACAAUUCAUUCAUUUGGUGUCAAGAGAUUGCGAAUGUCAGACAACAGAUCGUUCCUGGAGAAUUCGUGAUUUGCUUAUCUCGUCAAUUGUUUUGCAUUCACAUUACUGGCGACAUUAGUACAGGAUUGAAUCGGGCAGCAUCUUAUGUCACCAUUAUAAAACCUUGUAGAAUUCCCUUGAUUUGA